GACUUGUAAUAUUUCUUAUAGACCUGUGUAAUCACAAAUGCUUUACAUUUUGAGUCAUAAAACAAGACGUGUACAAUUAAUAAUAUUAUUAUGUCUACAUUGUCUACGUUUGUACACCCGUGAUGUUAUUUUAAAUGAAAUAUUAUAUUUUGUUGGAUGAAUAUUCAAACUAUACCUAUAGCAGUUGCAGAAGAAUAUAAUAUCGAAAGAGUUCUAGAAAGUUUAGGAGAACUUGGAGACUCCAAGACAAUGAAUUUGCAAAAGUUGGUUUCAAUACUAGUUUGGGUGGCUGCAAUUCGCUUUACACGCGUUAUAUCGGAUGUGAGUGAAUUAAAAAAAUUGGAACUCAUCGAAAAAUUAAACACGUUGUUGUCACAUCCGGGAUGGCAGAUAAUGUACAACGUUAAUAUCGUGGAAUCGUACAUGGUUGGCGACGAAACAAACGAAGCAAUCGGAUGUCCCAUGUCCGCAAUAUACGAAGCCGUACGGUCGAACCGGAAGCCGGUCGACGAACUCAACGUAUGGCAGAGGUACGACCAGGUUUGGACUGUGCUCAGGUGUAAGUACGCCGAGGUUAUCGAAAGGUACAGGGUACUGAUAAAACAUUUAAUGGGCGUUUGCCGAAACGAAAAAAAAGAGGAUAAAAAAGCGCACGACCCUUCGCUUCAAAGGUAUUUCAAUUGUUUUCACUUGCUUCUGAACAAUCUGCAAGUCAUGUCGCCGAGGUUCAAAUGCAUGGCGGACGCGUUGGAAUUGUUUUACUCGAUAGGACCGCAAACGGUGCCCAGGCAAAAUGUAAUGGUGGCCAUGCAAAAAUUGACCGAGUUUACUUCAACCGUGAUGUCGGACACGGUGUCGAAAUUGUCCAUACGCGAUAUUGACGAGUACGCGGUCAAUCUCGAAAUAAAAGCCAUAACCAAAUUUUUGUUUGUAGAUAUACUCGUACAAUUACAGUGGUUUAUCGAACAUUAUUGCGAAGUUCCGUCGUUGAAAAAUUGGAAUUUGAAAAAAGAUUUUGACGACAAAAGGCGCAACGGUCUGAUACCGCUGGAAAUGACUAUGUUGCAAUAUGUACAAGGCGAAAUCGAUUACUACGUUGAUGAAAUCUUUUGCAGCAUGUUCUACAAUCUGGGGUUCGCAUACGACGACACUGGAAACGUCAUAAUCAGGAUUGAUAGUUAAAUUAUGUUAUUAUUAGCGACAAAAUACCGAUUUACGGUGUAGAUUAAUCAACAUAAUAUUAUUAUGUAUACUGCAUUUCCGGCUCAUGUAGAUAUUUUAGUUUAAAACUAUAAUUUAUAACCUAACUUAAUAUCAAACAAAAUGUUCAACGUGGAAUUUUACGAGCACAGCCUUAUACGUGUACACGUAGACUAAGAUAACUUAAGUAACCAAAAAAAAAAUAAUAAUUAACUUUUUUACAAAAAUUUCUGUCACUAAAAUUUGAGAAAUAUUAAUAAACGCAAAAUAAUGUUUGCAUUUCUAAAGUUAAAGUUGUUUUCCGUUUUUGAAAAAUGGAAGAUUUGGUACUUUUUUCCAUGAACGGCCACAUUUUUAAAAUUUUUAAUUGUACGCAGUAUUCAUUAACAAAUAUACUCUAGUGAUUCCCCUGUUAACAUAGAUAUGUUAUUAGGCUGAAUACAAGAAAUUUCAUGUCACCAUUUUUGUGUUACACUUUCAUUUUAAGUUAGCAAUAAGAGAUUAUCAAACAGAUAAUAUAAUCAUAUUACCUGUACAUGCGAAAAAGUAUAAAAUAACGAUAUAAAUACAAUACAUCAGCAACAGUUGUGUUUAAAAUCGUGA